UUGUGCUGCCGCCGCCGCUGCCGUCCGGGCCGAGUGACAAAGGAAGGAAGGAAGCAAGGAGGAGCCGGCCGCACAGCCGCUGACAGGGCUCCGGAUUGGGGGCAAAGCGCGGACACUUCCUGAGCAGGCACAGAGCAGAGACGAGGGGCGGGAGGGCGGCCGCGCUGGUGCCGUGGACGGGGGAGGGGGCCCCGAGGGACGGAAGCGGUUGCUGGGUUCCCAUGUCCCCGGCGUAUGGGGAGCAGUCGAGGAGCCGCUGCCUGGGGUCUGAAGGGAGCUGCCUCCGCCACCGCCGCCGCCAUGGCCGCUGGAUCCAGCCGCCGCCUGCAGCUGCUCCUGGCGCAAUGAGGAGAGGAGCCGCCGACACCGCCCGCCUCUGACUGACUCGCGACUCCGCCGCCCUCCAGUUCGCCAGGCCCUUGCCGUCAGCCCGCCGGAUCCCGCCGCUGUCGGAGCCGCUGCGUUUCCCGUCGCAUCUCGGAGCCACCCCCUCCUCCCUCCCUCCUCCCCAUCCCCCUUCUUUUCAAGCGUGAGACUCGUGAUCCUUCCGCCGCUUCCCUUCUUUGACUCGGAAAAAAAAUCCCCGAGGAAAAUAUUAUAUUCAAAGUACUUAUUUUCAAUCAAGUAUUUGCCCCCGUUUCGCGUGAUAUAUAUAUAUUUUUUAGAAUUUCUCCCCUUUUCCCCCCCUCCGAAGAAAGGGAGGGGAAUGAAUUGUAUUUUUUCCCCCCCGUCUCCAAAUCAUCUAUGUUAAAUACCCAUACUGAGCUGUCUUGAAGGAGAAAUACAUCGCUCGUUUUUUUAAUAGCUAUACAAAAGGAGUGAGAAAGCCAAGAGGGCGAAGCCUUUCUUUUUCUUGUGGGAGAACUUAAUGCUGCAUUUGUCAUUAACCUAACGCCCCAACAUAAAACAAAAGGAAGAAAAAAGAAGGUGAUUCUGGAAGAGAGUGAUCAUGUCAGGGCGGCCCAGAACCACCUCCUUUGCGGAGAGCUGCAAGCCAGUGCAGCAGCCUUCAGCUUUUGGCAGCCUGAAAGUUAGCAGAGACAAGGAUGGCAGUAAGGUGACCACAGUGGUGGCAACUCCGGGGCAGGGUCCAGACAGGCCACAAGAAGUCAGCUAUACAGACACUAAAGUGAUUGGAAAUGGGUCAUUUGGUGUGGUAUAUCAAGCCAAACUUUGUGAUUCAGGAGAAUUAGUUGCCAUCAAGAAAGUAUUGCAGGACAAGAGAUUUAAGAACCGAGAGCUCCAAAUCAUGAGAAAGCUAGAUCACUGUAACAUAGUCCGAUUGCGUUAUUUCUUCUACUCAAGUGGUGAGAAGAAAGAUGAGGUCUAUCUCAAUCUGGUGCUGGACUAUGUUCCGGAAACAGUAUACAGAGUUGCCAGACACUAUAGUCGAGCCAAACAGACGCUUCCUGUGAUCUAUGUCAAGUUGUAUAUGUAUCAGCUAUUCCGAAGUUUAGCCUAUAUUCAUUCCUUUGGAAUCUGCCAUCGGGAUAUUAAACCACAGAACCUCUUGUUGGACCCUGAUACAGCUGUAUUAAAACUCUGUGACUUUGGAAGUGCAAAGCAGCUGGUCCGAGGAGAACCCAAUGUUUCGUAUAUCUGUUCUCGGUACUAUAGGGCACCAGAGUUGAUCUUUGGAGCCACUGAUUAUACCUCUAGUAUAGAUGUAUGGUCUGCAGGCUGUGUGCUGGCUGAGCUGUUGCUAGGACAACCAAUAUUUCCAGGGGACAGUGGUGUGGAUCAAUUGGUGGAAAUAAUCAAGGUCCUGGGGACACCAACAAGGGAGCAAAUUAGAGAAAUGAACCCAAACUACACAGAAUUCAAAUUUCCUCAAAUUAAGGCACAUCCUUGGACUAAGGUCUUUCGACCCCGAACUCCACCAGAGGCAAUUGCACUGUGUAGCCGUCUGCUGGAGUAUACACCAACUGCCCGAUUGACACCACUGGAAGCUUGUGCACAUUCAUUUUUUGAUGAAUUACGGGACCCAAAUGUCAAACUACCAAAUGGGCGAGACACACCUGCACUCUUCAACUUUACCACUCAAGAACUGUCAAGUAAUCCACCUCUAGCUACCAUCCUUAUUCCUCCUCAUGCUCGGAUUCAAGCAGCUGCUUCAACCCCAACAAAUUCCACAGCAGCCUCAGAUGCUAAUGUUGGAGACCGUGGACAGACCAAUAGCGCCGCUUCUGCAUCAGCUUCCAACUCCACCUGAACAGUCCCGAGCAGCCAGCUGCACAGGAAAAACCACCAGUUACUUGAGUGUCACUCAGCAACACUGGUCACGUUUGGAAAGAAAAUUAAAGAGAAAAAAACCUGUUCAUUUUAGUGUUCAAAUUUUUUUAUUGUUAUUAUUUAACCUUGUAAAAUAUCUAUAAAUACAAACCAAUUUCAUUGUCUUCUCACUCUGAGGGAGAUCCAUGGGGUGGGAGGGGUUGUGGGGAGGGAAAGCGGAGCACUAGAACAUACAAUCUCUCCCCCACGACAAUCUUUUUAUCAAAAGUCUGCUGUUGUAUACUUUAAAAACAGGACUCCUGCUUCAUGCCCCUUCCACAAAAGAAAAAAAACUUAGUUCUCUGCUGAAGUUUUUUUGAACUUUGUUUUCUUUUAAAGUCAAGUGUAAGACUUUGGUAUAGUGCACAGCUUGAAAUUGGUUGGGAGCUCAGCAGAUGUAACUCCAUGGGGACUUAAAUGUCACUUGUAAAAUUAAUCCAUAUCCUUGGGUGUUUGGAGACUUGCCUUUGGCAUGUUGGUGGCAGGUGUGGCAGACAAAAAUGAAAGGAAAUGUGUAUCGCUUAUAACCCAGGGAGGUCAAUAAAGUUAGAAACUCUAAGAAGAAGAUUCUUAGUUGAUUUGUUAAAGUUUCCUAUUUUGCUCUUAAUCAGUGAUAGUGGUGGAGAAACUUGUGUAGGAGGCUGUCAGGGGAGGAGCAUGCCUGCUCUACAAGUGGAUCUUUGUUUGCCUGGCCAAAAGUUCUCUGCAAAUCUUAGUACGGUUUUAAACUAGUAACCUAGGAGAAGGCUAAAAGGGCGUUGAGCCGACUACUCUGGCUGCAGAGGUCAAAAACCGAUGGACCUGGAGAAAGGGGACCGGCCAGGGCAGAUCUCACCACUGUGAAUGAAUUAGUCCAGAUUUUUUUCUAAAGUUGCUUCCCUUGGAAAGAUACACUUGAGAGGACAUUAUAGUUAAAUAAUGUGAACUGUAACAGUCUACUGGUUUAUUUUUCGUAUUUUUUAAUUAUAGAUUGAGCUUGCAGAAAUUGCCAUGUUCUGCACAUUGUUCUAAUUUUAAAUCCAAAUCUAGAAUCUGUAUUUAAUUUCAGCUUUUUUUAACCUCAUGCUUUUAAAAUUUUAUUUAUUGAUGCAUGUGAGAUAGGCCAUUAUGAUUCUAGAUGGUAGGAAUAUUAAAAACUACACAUCCAAAUGAUAUAGUCACUUGUACCUGCUGACUUUAUAGGAAAGUGGAUUAUAUAAAUGUGUGUGUAUAUGUGUUAUAUAUACAUAGGUUCGAUACUGCCUUCUGUUUUUGUUUUUAUUUUGUCCACAGCAUCAAAAUUAACUGCUUGAAGAGUGAGAAGAAGGUUUCCCCCACACCCAGUUAAAAGUUUUUGUUUCUGUUUUCUUUGUGUAUCAGUGAAUGGUGUAAGAACCAGUCUCUGUUUUUGAAGAAAAAGCAAUAUUCCUUGGAAAGCAAGGAGGAUUGAAGGAUUACGUUUGCAGUGAGGAAAUAGAUUUUCACUAGUUUGUUUUAUACAUUUAAGGUUGACAUCCGUGUGGGCCUUAUAUACUCUAAAAUGAACCUUAGUCACCUUGGUGCUUAUGGGCCAUUACUUGACCUAUGAAUCUUUAAGGCACAAUCAGUUGUACUUUAUAUUUAAAGAUCACUUCAGUGAUGGCCACCUUCCCCCCUCCCCACUCCUUCCCCACACACCUUCCAGGGUUUGCUGAAACCUGUAGGGCUGCAGAGCUGAGCCCUAGAUUGUGUGGAACCUGCCUUCACCCUUCACAUUGCCACCUUAGGUCAUGUUAGGGGUCUCGCCCCCCAGGUGAUUUGGAAGUAGUCUCUUGACAGCCCUCAUGCAGUUUCCCACAGCCUGUACUGCUUCUUACUCAAGUGUGUGACUCCCGGAGAGUCCAGCUGCCUGCUGAAGUGAACAUUGCCCAGAAAGGUGAUUGUGAGCCAUCUUAGUUUUCACUCUUGUUUAAACUCUUAGACCACAAAAGGGGGUUUCUCAAACCUCUGGUUAUAAUCAGAGUUCAUGAGAAAGAAAACACUCAGUCAAACCAAAUCAAGCAGAUUGAAUUUUACUUUUCAUUAUAAGCCUUUGAGGGCUAAUUGAAGUUUGAAAGGCGUCUGAAUCAAAGUAUUUGGCAAUAUGAUUCCUGAAGAAAUGACUUUGAUAGACCAUUUUCAGAAAAGGUUUAUAAAGAGGCUGAACAGCAGGUCUGUGAUGGAAGCAGAUCUACUUUCAGACCAAUGACCAGCCAAACAUUGGACACCGACACUACUCUGGAUCUGGUAUAAUUGCUAGAGCCCAUAAAAAUCUGUGCUUGUAUUUAUGAAAUACUUUCCCCCCAAUGAAUGGGGUGAGAGAAGAAAGUCAGAUGCUUCCCUCUCAUUUGUUGUGUGUGCGUGUGUGAGGGCUGAGGUGUGUGAUUUUUUCUUUCUCAAGGAUCAUGGCGGGAUCACAGAGCUCUUUUAUACAAGUGAGAUCCAGGUCUCUGAAUAUCUUUUUGUAAAUAAUAAUAAUAAUAAUAAUAAAAAGCUCCUCACCAAAUUCAAGCUUGUACAUUAUAUUUUCUUUCAGUGUUUUUAAAUUUAAGUUUUAUUGUUUUGUAUGUAAAUAUGUGGACCCAGGAACUGUUAUUAAUGAGCAAAAAGUUACUGUUCAGGGCAGUGAUUCUGUUUAAUAAUCAGACAAAAUGUAGACGAGCUUUUUAAAGCCAUAUAGUUUUAACUCUGUACAGUAGGUACCGGCCUGUAUUAUUGUAACAAUAACUCUAGCAAUGUAUAGUGUAUCUAUAUAGUUUGGAGUGCCUUCGCUUCCAUGUGUUUGUUUUUUUGCUUUCCAUUUUUAAAAUUUUAAUUGGUUUCUCUAUCCAUGUCCCCCUGUCCCCACCCUUUUUCCUUUGAAAUAAUAGCUCUCUCAUAACACACUGUCUGCCCCUUCUCGGUGAAUUUCAGUGAUGCCAUGCUCAGGAGUGGAAAGAGGAAACUGUUCAUAAUCUGCUCAUUCAAGCCCUGCCUUUGUUUUGGUUCUGAACGUGUUUCUUCCUCAGCGGUGAGCGGUUUCGUUUCAUCCUUUGUCACCCAGGGACUCCUUGCAGUGCCAGGGAGCCCCAGAGCUGGAGGGUAGCAGUAGAUUAGAUUCUGCUCGUGUCUUCCCCAGACCCUAAACAUGGUUCUUACAAACAGCAGAUUCCAUGCUCACUCUCUCAUCUUCCCUCACAAAAGAGAGAGGUGGUUUUUGUAAGAGUUCCUUCAUAGCGCCCGGUUUUGCUAAUCGGUGGUCCGGAACGCGCUGCGCUGUGACAGCGGCUAGUGCGCGGGGCGCCGCCAGCGGGCAGAGGACUGCGGGUAACAGGGGACUCGGCCUUCCCACCUCCGCCACCUCCACCCCUUUCAGCAAAAUGUCAUUUUAAUUUUUUUUCAAAAAUCAGUUUAAUUCUUACUGUGUGCCUAUCAUGAAGGCCUUUUUUGAAAGAAAGGAAAGAAAGAAAAAAGGAAAGAAAGAUCAUUAUUAGCUUUGCCUCCAGGUACUCCAUAUAAGAUGUCUUGAGUAGAAGAAAAAACAAACUUUACCAAACCAAAGGUUCCUAUUUUUGAAACAUCCUGUGUUCAUUCCGCAAGGCAGAAGACUGCACCUUCUUUCCAGUGAUGUCAUAUUUUUUUAAAGUCCUCUUGAUUUUUAGAUACAUAUUUUUGGUUUGUGUUUUAACAAAGCCUGCCUAACCAGUCACCUGAUCUGCACCAAUGCAAAGGUUUCUGAGAGGACCGUUGUAUUCUCUAUCCCUGUGGAUAUAAAGACACUGGCAUUUUCUUUCAUUUUCCCUUUCCUUUUUAAGGGAUUUAACUUUGGAAGCUUCCAAAGGAAGUUUGGCCAAUGCCAGAUCCCCAGGAGUUUGGGGUUUUUUUCGUUUUAAACCAAAAUUGUAUCUGAUUCCUGUUGUUCUUGUUGGUGAUCAUCUAAUCACAGAGCCAAACACUUUCUCCCCUCUGUAGGAAAAUAAACUAAGCAUGCUUUACAAUAAAAUCUGUCUUCUCUGAUAGAAACCUGAGCCACUGAAAAUAAGAGAGGCAACUAGAAGCAGAGUAGAGUCCCAGACUAAGGUCUGUUUGAGAGGCUUUGAAAGUAAUCCCUGGGGUUUGGAUUAUUUUCACAAGGGUUAUGACUUUUUAUUCAAGUUUGUUGCUCCGUUUUGCACCUCUGCAAUAAAAGCAAAAUGACAACCAGUACAUAAGGGGUUAGCUUGACAAAGUAGACUUCCUUGUGUUAAUUUUUAAGUUCUUUUUCUUACUAUAUCUGUCUACAGGCAGAUUCAGAUAGAUGUUUGAAAUGUGCUUGCCUGUAAAAUUUGCAUUUAUAAAUGUGUUGCCGAUGGAUCACUUGGGCCUGUACACAUACCAAUUAGCGUGACCACUUCCAUCUUAAAAACAAAUCUAAAAAACAAAAUUUAUUAUAUAUACAUAUAUAUAUAUAUAUAUAUAUAAGGACUGUGGGUUGUAUACAAACUAUUGCAAACACUUGUGCAAAUCUGUCUUGAUAUAAAGGAAAAAGCAAAAUCUGUAUAACAUUAUUACUACUUGAAUGCCUCUGUGACUGAUUUUUUUUUUUUUCAUUUUAAAUAUAAACUUUUUUGUGAAAAGUAUGCUCAAUGUUUUUUUUCCCUUUCCCCAUUCCCUUGUAAAUACAUUUCGUUCUAUGUGACUUGGUUUGGAAAUAGUUAACUGGUACUGUAAUUUGCAUUAAAUAAAAAGUAGGUUAGCCUGGAAAUGAAAUUAAAAUUCACAAGUGUGUGGUCUUUAUUUCAGUACCCAGCCCUCCUCUUCACCCUGCCUAUUUUGCCACUGCAGGAUGUAGUCACAUCGCCAUCUCCUUUCCUCCAAUUAGAGAAACAUGGAUCUUUGUUACAAAAAUCAAGAUAUGAACAUUAGCUCUUCGUUCUUUCAAAUGACCUUAUUCCAUUUUGUAGCCCCAAGAGGUGCAGCUUCCGUCUUGGAAACCUUUGGAUUUGAUGCUGAGGAAGCUUUGCAGACACUGCUUUGAAAAGAAAGAAAACAUCCCUGAAAGGGACAAAUUUUAAAAACGUGUAUAAGCUGCUGUCUUCAGUUACUGUGUUCAUGGUUUGGUGUAGCUGUAUUUCCUUUUAAGUUUCAUCCAUUAGUAAUGGUCUUUGGGAGUAUCUGUAAAAUAAAUGAACACCACAAACAGUGGGGCUGUACCUCCCAGGUAACCAACACAUGUUGUGUUUGAGUCUGAUCAUUUCCAAUACUGGAUGAUGUAUGUAAACAUGUAAUGUCUCUUAGUGCAAAAAGAAACUUUUUUUUUUAGGCCUGGCUCACUGUCAGGCCUAAUCUAAAGGCUAGAUAUAAAGUCAUGUGACUGCUGCUUCAAUAAAAACAAAUUUAUAUUGGA